GUGGAUGAAGUUGCGAGGUCUCACUACUGCUCAGGUCUUGACGGGCUAACUGUACGCACCUCGACCAUGGCUAUGGACUACGAUGGGCUAUAUCCCAUAGAGCAUUCAAAAGGGUCGUUCAUGGGCGCAUUGGUGUCCUGUCCCGUCAUAUUACCGAUCCCACAGCACAAACUCCAGGUGCGCGCACGCACCACUAGAUUGCUAAUACCAGUCCUCGCCUCUGUCAUCCAUGAUCCAGCCCAAUUGUUUCUGGAGCCCAAAGUCCUAUAUAUAUUGUUUUCUAACUAUUUUCUUCUCCAGACUGUAGUGCGUACAGACCUAUUUACCUCUACAGCCGAACAAGUCUCAAUCGACGAAUACACCUCUACAUCCGACAUCUCCCUCUUCACAUGGAGCAUCCUAAUCCAUCUUCUCGACUGGCCACCAGCCUCUCUUACACCACUCAUCCCUCCCUAUACAGCACCAGUAUCAAACUGA